AUGUCUGCCACUCAAAUUAAAAGAAGUGAAGUUGUAAUCAAUUGUACAAACUUCAUAAGGUUGGAAACUAAUGAUUUUAUCAUGAAUGAAAAACUAGUAGGAGAAGGCAAAGUUAAACAAAUCGACGAAUCUCGUUUAGAGGUCGUCGAAAGUACAACCGUGGCAGAUUGCUUCUUGAUAACUUUAUAG